GUUUGUCUUGUUCCGCCGCCUCCAGAGCAGGGAAGAGUUUCUUGCUCAGAAGCCCGAAUACAAUGAAUUCUGACUCCAGCUCUGUCUCCAGCAGAGCUUCCUCGCCAGACAUGGAUGAGAUGUACCUGAGAGACCACCACCAUCACCACCACCACCACCACCACCAAGACAACCGCCUCAACUCCGUCUCCUCCACCCAAAACGACCUGGUGCAGAAGAUGUCCGGGGAAGGCCUCUCCAGGAACGGUUCCAAGGCCGGUGGAGAAGGCAGCAAGUACAAAAUCAAGAAGCAGCUCUCGGAGCAGGACCUGCAGCAGCUGAGGCUGAAGAUCAACGGGCGGGAACGUAAGAGGAUGCACGACCUCAACCUGGCCAUGGACGGGCUGCGGGAGGUGAUGCCCUACGCCCACGGACCUUCCGUCAGGAAACUCUCCAAAAUCGCCACCCUCCUGCUAGCCAGAAACUAUAUCCUGAUGCUCACCAGCUCCUUGGAGGAGAUGAAGAGGCUGGUGGGGGAAAUCUACGGGGGUCACCACUCGGCCUUUCACUGCGGCACGGUGGGACACUCCGCCGGCCACCCGCCCCACGCCACCGCCGGGACCGUCCAUCAGGUGCACCCCAUCCUCGGCAGUGCCUUGUCCUCCGCCAACACCUCCUCUUCCCUCUCCGCCUCCCUGCCGGCCAUCGGUACCAUCCGACCCCCCCAUUCCCUCCUCAAGACCCCCUCUACCCCCCCUGCCUUGCAGCUGGGCAGCGGUUUCCAGCACUGGGCUGGUUUACCCUGCCCUUGUACCAUCUGCCAGAUGCCCCCC